AUGGAGAAGUAUGCCCGCCAGGCGAUUGCAGAGGGGGUGCAGUCGGCCGAAGACGUCCACGUCACCUGUGAUUCCGAAGUUUACAAAAUUCUCAACAUGCACUACAACCGCAACAACCAUCUUCAGGUACCGGCUAAUUUCCGGCGCGUCGUUCAGGCGACUUUGAGAGAGUUCUUCGUGUCGGUCCAGGCGGGAAGGGACGUCGAGCCGUCGUGGAAAAAGUCGAUUUACAAGGUCAUCGCGCGAAUGGACGAUCCGAUCCCUGACUACUUCAAAUCGGCGAAUUUUCUCGCACAGCUGGAGUGA